ACUCUCCAGUCAGAUAAUGUGGUGAUUAACAUCAACUGGCAGGAUAUCUCUUUAGAGGCAGUUCCAUUGAGAAUGUUUGGGUUCAGUAAGAUCGGGGAGGGUGUGUGUAACCCUCGGUUUAGUGCAACUGGUUCAUCGGUGACCCAGUCAAUACCAGGAGCUCAGUCUGGUGACAGGUACACUGUCUGUGUGGUGUUUAUCAACAACGAGUGCAUGAAUCGUACAGAUGACACUGUCAGAGUUCCGGUGCAACUGCUUGUCAAUCCACAGCUAUGUGUUGGUGAUAGUUCUGUCUCAAUAGUGGUCAGUGUAUCUCCCUCUCCCCCUAUGAGUCUUGACUCCCUGUCCAUACUCGCAGCUAUUGAUCCCCCUCAUGCUAGUGCUGUGUUGGCAAACUACCCCACAUCAUCUCAACAGUACACGGUGAUGUUUGAUGGUCUGACCCCUGGAACACUCUACAUUUACGACAUAAAGGUGAUACUCAGGAAUGAUUCUACCACCACUAUUGGUCUGCCGGUGACUGGAUCCUUCACUGUUCUAGGCAUAUCCCGAGAAGCUGAAAUAGCCCUUUCAGUAUCUGUGACGUUCUUUUUGACCCUAGUUCUCGCCAUCAGUGUUUUCAUUGUACUGGCAGUGAACAAGUGCAGGAGGUCUGAGAAGAUAACUCUGCAAACUGAAACUGAAAUGAGACAACCACCUGUGAUAUACGAAGAUAUUAAACCAGAACCUCACACUCAGGGAAAUCUAGCUUAUUAUGGCCAUAUACACUUCAGUUAAUUACAUGUACUUUCAAACAGUGAGUCAGUCAGCCAGAAUAAUGUAUAAGGUCAGCCUAAAUUACUUGAUACGACCAGCAUAACAAAUUAUUAACACAGAGUGUUAAUUGU